AUGCAUCAGAUACUUCCAGAGGUGCAGAAGAAGUACGGUAGAAUAGCCCGCAUUGGCCCCAACGAGCUGCUCAUAUUUGAUCCGGAGACAUUUUUACAUAUCAACGGUGUGCGUUCCACCUAUGGCCGUGGCGGGUGGUAUUCGAGCGUGCGCUUCGAUCCGUACGGUCACAGCCUGCUAUCGGAACCGGAUACAGUCAAACACGACAAGCGCAAAGCCCAGUUGGCAGGCGGAUAUGCCGGCAAAGGUCGGAUGAAUCUCGAGAAGGAUGUCGAUUCCCAGCUUGCUGUCCUAGUCGAUCUUCUAAGAUCAAAAUAUGCCACGAAGAACGGAAAGCGUUUGAUGGACUUUGGCCGCAUAGCACGAUACUUCACCAUCGACGUCACAACUCUCACUGGGAUGGGCGAGCCGUGGGGAGAUCUUCCGACAGAGACUGACAUGUUUCACUUUCUGGGAGACUCUGAUGACUUUGUGCCAUUCAUGCAUUGCAUCAGCAUGAGCUCUCUGCGAGGCUUCUUCUCAUCUACCUUCUUUCUAAAACUGGCAGGGCCUAAGCCGACGGAUAAGCAGGGAAUGGGUCAAUUCUUAGGCGUUGCGAAGAAAGAGGCAGAAAAACGCUUCAAAGUAGGCCCGAGAGCAGAUCGUGAGCACGGAGACAUGUUGGAUGAAUGGAUCAAGCAAGGUCUUUCCGCUCGAGAAGCUGAGUUGGAGAUCGCUCUUCAAGUUCCCGCUGGAUCGGAAACCACGACAACUGCAAUCCGAGGCACAAUGCUUUAUUUGAUAUCAACCCCUCAUGUGUACCAUAAUUUGAAGAAUGAGAUCUCUAAAGCCAUUCGACAAGGGCGUAUAUCUAGGCCUAUCACAAAUGAGGAAGCGAAGAAGCUUCCCUACUUGCAGGCUGUCAUCAACGAAGGUCUUCGAAUGGUUCCUCCAGCUAUCACUGGCUUCUCGAAACGGGUUCCUCCUGAGGGUGAUACCAUCUGUGGUAGAUUUGUCCCCGGUGGCACAGAUAUAUUCGUCAAUGUUUGCGCCAUGCUCCGAAAUAAGGAAGUAUUCGGUGAAGACGCCGAUACCUUCCGCCCGGCACGCUUUCUCGAGGGCGACGAGGCCAACAGGGCGCAGCUCAUUAAGCAUGUUGACCUUGUAUUCGGCCAUGGGCGGUGGAUGUGUCCUGGGAAAACGCUUGCUUGGAUCGAGCUGAACAAAAUUUUUGUUGAGGUAUUCGCAUAG